AUGUCGCGUCCGGGGGCAUGCAGAAGAUGGCUGUCCAUGUGCAGCAGCUGCUGCGGCUUCCAGCUGGAUCUGCUUGUUCGCGCCCUCCCUCCAAACCGAAGAGCAAUAAUGGCUCGCACCUCGCUGCUGGCCAAGGCCCUGCUCGUGGUCGGCGUGGUGUCAGUUUUGCAGCUCUUCCGCCGAGAGGAUGCCUUCGUAACCCCGAAGCUGAGGGGCGAGGCCGCAGCAACCAUGGCAGCGGCCCUUGUGGCAGCCAGCGUCGCAGCUCCGGGACCAGCCCAGGCGGAGAGCCCGAAGCUUUCCUUCUUCGGCCUCGGAGGUGGCGUCUCCGACGUCUACAACCAGAACGACAACCCGAUCAACCCGUACUCGCAGUUCAGCGAGGUCGGAGACGAGUCCGUCUACAAGGCCCGCACCGACCAGGAGGUCGCACGCAGGAAGAAGGCCCUCGCGAACUCCUUCGAGCGCUUCGACAAGACCGCCUUCUACAUCAAGACGAAGCAGUCGCAGCAGCUGACCUCCAACCUCCAGGAGGCUGCUGGCUUCAAGCAGGACAUGGUGUACUUCUCUGGUGCCGAAGCUUCUCCGGCUUACAACAAGGCCCGAGAAUUCUCGCAGAAGAUCUCCACCGUGGGUGUGGAUGGCCGCAACAAGGAGUGGGGACGAGCCUCCCAGGACUUCGAGGCCGCAAAGGAGCUGCUGAAGGAGUGGAAGGAGCUCGUGAAGUUCUGA